UGCUGACAGCGAAUCGGACGUUCAGGUAACAUCAGAGAGAACGGUGAGCAUCCAAGUAGUACACUGACCAUAUCCUAGUUUCAAGGAACGUCCAGUGGCAACUUCUCUCGCACUGGUCGGUCUUCAGGAAGCGCUAGCCAUUUGUUCCCAAUAGAUAACGAUAAUGAUGGAGGAAUUUACGACGAUCAUUUGAGCGGACGAAUGUCGCGGCCUCCUUCACCGGACCAUCGUAUGGUCACUAGUUAUGAGAGUCCACUACGGAGUGUCGAGACAGAUAGUCUCCACGGAAGCUGGGUCAACGACUCAGGUUAUGCUGACACGGAUAUUGCUGACACGGGAAAGCUUCGUGGAUCCGUGCCUACUCACGAUCUCCAAGACCAGCAACGAUUUCCCUUACCUCCGUCAAACAGUUUUCCGUUUUCUUCCCCUCCUAAUUCUCAAGGAACAGAGGAAUACAUUCUCGACAUGGACACGUCACCACCCUCAUCGCAGAAUUCCCUUUCACAAUUGCAUGGUGGAUGGAGUUCCAACCACGAACAUUUCUUGCAACGAUCGCCAUCCUCCUCCACUUCUCCGAUUGGUUUCCCUGCACCCAUCGUUACGCACGAUUCUCCUGAGUCGCUCGGAUGGGAUAGCUCCAUCAAGUGCAGCAGUCCUAUAUCACAGUCUCUUUGCCACACAAGUGAUGUUAAGCCAUUUUCAGCAUCAUCCUUCGAAACACAAUACGCUCCUACAACUCCUCAGAAGGCUCGGAGGGUGUUCCACGCUACCCAAACUUCGGAAGCGAUUGCGAAACCCUUCACUGAGAUAUUCAACACGGAACAUCGUCGACCUGUUCAGACCUCAUAUCCUGCCACUCGAACGAAACAUGUGAAAUCACACUCUUUCAAUUCGUCGCAGGGAUUUUCUUCUUUUGGCGACUCGGAUAUACAUGACCCUGGAUUGCCUUUGGACAUCCUAAACGAUCCGGACCCAUGGACAACUAUCGGGAAGAUUCUAAAUCUUGAGACCGUAGAGCACCACGACAAUGAUGACAUCACUUUUACUUGCGGUCGGGAGGGUGUCGGCUAUGUCAGGCAUCGUUUGGAUGGAUCAGCAUAUAUAUGGAACACACCACGUAAUUCGACGAUAAGCCUGCGAUCGGUCAAGUUAGAAAGCGAAGAUCAACCCAAGGCUAGGGUAAACGAUGAGGAAGAAGAGCACUCGGGGGAAACCACCGACCAUUGUCGCCAUCAUUCUCAACAUUCUGAAGGUUCCAAAUCGGAAGAAAAACCUUCGCCUGAUUACUCCAACCUUGCCACAGACAUGAAAUUCGCAAACGAGACACGUUGUACGUUGACAGUGGCAGAGUCGGAGAUGCAAAUGGAGCCACCUUGCGUCCCUACCGCACUCCCACAUCGAGUCUCACCCGAGGAUGUACAAUUCAGUGGAAUAGAUAACGAUGAUCUGUAUGGGGGGCCUUGUUUGUUUGGGGACUCAGACGAGGAAAAUGAAUAGUUUUCGACGGAAGAUUUUGCACUAGCCUAAACUACCGGCAAUGACCGAACAGGUAUAAUCACGAGUCACCUGAUUUGACGCGUCUUCCAAGUUUAUAUUCUAG